GAAAUCGGAACCUUCGCUUCAGUCAUCUGCCAAGCGAAUAAGUCCAAAAAUAUAUUAACAUUCCAAGAUGGGAGCUUUUAAUAUAAAGAUCUGUGUCCUGGCAGCCUGUCUUCUGAUAGCGGCGCAGGCCAGUGGCUACACGAUGGAUGACUUGUGCAAGCAAUGGUCGGGAACUGGAUAUAUUGGCAAUCCGAGCAAUUGCCGUGGCUGGGGAUACUGCAAAAACCAAGAGGUUGUUGCCUGGGACACCUGUCCUAACGGCGAAGUCUUUAAUGCACAGACUGGCAGUUGUGCAAACGCUUCGACUACGAUUUGUACCACCAGUUCAGAGAAAACUUGCUCAUCCGUCGUCUCGCCCAUGUAUGUGGCCGACACGCAGAACUGCUCUCAAUACUGCUAUUGUGAUGGCAAGGGUGGUCUCGCCUACGGUAAUUGCGGCACUGGAGGCGUCUUUUCGCAAAGCAGCGGAAAGUGUGUGUGGGGACCAGCAUGCCCGCAGGACACCAUUUGUCAGUUUAUGUUGUCAAACAUCUUUGUUGGCGAUCCGAAUAACUGUGGAUCCUAUUUGAAAUGCGUCAAUGGCUAUGGAACCUCUACAAAAUGUGAAAGUCCCUUGUACUAUAACGCAGCCACAGGAAAUUGCCAGAAGACGAAUCCCUGCGAUGGCACUAGUGACAAUAGCAAUACCAAUACCGGAGAUUUUACAAUUGGACAAGCAGCUGAAGGCGUAUGUAGUUCAACUACUAAAAAAGCACCAGUAAAGAGAGCAGCUGCAGCUGCUGAUGCUGAUGCUGAAUACGUUUCUGAUAAAACCACAUGCUAUGGCUACUAUUAUUGUGCUAGCGAUACUGCCACAACUGGUUACUGGAACAAAUGCCCCACCGGUACCCAUUUCGACCCCACGCUGAGCAAGUGUGUUUCACCGGCAUCCUAUGCCUGUCCCUACAACCGUUGUGGCAACGUUGACACCACAUUCAUGGCUGUGGUGAAUACCGAUUGCGCGAGCUACACGAUCUGCUCCAGCGGAACGGAAGGAGAUUGUCCCACCGGCACCGCCUAUGAUGAGGUGCAUGAUCUCUGCACCACCACAAAGCUUACCUAUCCCGUUUGCACAGAAACGGUUACCCUUACCACUUAAGCUUUCCUUUCCAUUCAUGUCUAACGCCGAGAUACCUUAUGAAAGAUAUAUGAAAUAACACACAUCCUAUAAAACUCAACUCUGUUCUGUGGGCUGUGGGAAAAGCAAUAAAAAAAAUCGUCGACUUCGACCAA